CUUCAAGCCAGAUCGCCUUCCUCUUUGCGACUUUGCGCCCGCCAUGGCGCACCUCGGUCUGCACGUCGACGAGGCCACUCUCCUCAAGGAGUAUCGUCUCGAAUCCCUCGACCCUUCCUCCUUCCAAGACAUAGACCAUGCCGAAGACUCACCAGCCACCGCCGGCUUGGGCGUCAACGAGGAGCCUGAUCCCCUCGGCCUUCAUCAACGCAUCACCACCCGCAACCUGCCAAAGGACAUCCGACCCCACGUCACCGUCUCCUCCAAGACGUUUGAUCCCAAGCUCUUCCUCUCCACCAUCCAUCCUGAUGCUACCUUUGCCGAUCUGACGCAUGGCCUCAACCAGCUCAAAGACAACAUAGAGCAACGCAGCCAAGCCCUCAAGGUUCUAGUCGAGGACAAUUUCGACCGCUUCGUAGCCGUCAAAGCUACUACAGAUGGCGUGUAUCGUGAAAUGAAGGAGUCGGACGGCGGGCCUCUCCAGCGCGAGUCAGAGUAUGGCGUCAAAGACCUCAAGUCCAUCCUCGCCCAGGCGAGCGCGAGAGCAGAUCAGGUCUUCACGCCCGUGCUCGAGAACAAUCUCAAGGCCAUGAAGCUGCGCUCUACGCUCGGCGUGUUUGAGAAGAGCAAAUUCUUCUUCAACUUGCCGGGCAGCUUGGCAGAGAGCGUUGAUGCGAAGCGAUACGAUGCUGCGUUGCGAGACUAUAACAAGGGCAAAUACCUCCUCGAGAAUCGACCAGGCCAGCUACUCGCCUUCAACACUGGACCGGCGAGUGGAGACAACAACAUCACAGAGAAACAACGUCAACAGCAGCAGAGGCUGUUCAAGAAGGUGUGGGAUGCGGUGGAGGCGGUCAUGAAGGAUAUGGAGAGAAAGUUGUUUGCCAGCUUGAGGGAGCCCAAGAGGAGUGUGGACGAGCAGGAGAAGACCAUAGAAGUCCUCCUUGAACUUUCACCCCGCGAAGACCCCGUUGCGGUCUUCCUCGAGUCCCAGCACAAGCACAUCCACACGCUCAUGCGCUCCUCCUACCAAUCCGCCGAAACCAAGGUGGGCAAUGCACGCACAAUGAAUGACCUCCUCCCGCGGACAGACAAGGACAGGGCGAGGGACAUUCAGUCGUGCCUCCGCCAGAUUGGCAGGGGUGAUCCCAACUUUGAGCGCAGCUUUGGGGCGCCGGCUUGGAGGGCUAUUCAUCAUCUUGUGAGGAUGGUGAGCGAAAAUCUGCUACAGACUUUGCCUUCCUUUUGGAGGGUGUGUAAAAACCAAAGCGAGGGCAAAUUCUCGAAAAGCGUUUCCCCUGGCAUUCAGUCCCGCGCCCGUUCAUGGGCGUCCGAGAGCAUCGACUCGUACAUAUCUCUCCUCUCGGCCUUCUUCACCCUUACCGACGUGUCCAUCCUCGGACGGCAACCCCUGUCCCCUUUGCCGGCAUGGGUACCCGCCAAUUCCAGCAGCAUGACUGCGGCGCAUUACAUGCACCUGAUCCUUCAGGAUCUGGCAGAGACCGCCAAUACGCUCAGUGCGCUAGGCAUUGGCGGCACACCUGAGGCGCUGAAGACGUUCGUCAUCAAUGCGAGAUUCAGCUUUACGGAGGUUCUGUGUAAUCUGUGGCAGGGAGAUGCGAAGUUGUUCUACAUGCUCGAGGAUUGGACGAUCAACCCGGAUGAACAGUCCACCACCCUCUUCCUCAAAGAUCUCUCUUCGUUCCAUCGCAGCAAUGCGCGCGCAGCCUACCACAUAGCUUCGGGCCGCACGCGCGAUCCCUUCGACUCCUCCUCUCGCUCCCGCUCUACUGGUGCCGAUCGCGACACCGGCGUCUCUACCGAAGCGACCUCUCGCAUCAAAGCCGCCUUCCUCGAUAGCAUCUACGCCUUCCUCGACGGCAUCGUCCACCUAGCCUUCAGCGAGUACGACCCGCUGGAUCCCACCACCUCCACCUCGCACAAAGUUGUGGGCAACUCCCGCCUCACCGUAGACGUACAAGAGCUCGACACGCGCAUCCUGCUCAGCGUGACCAACCUCUCUCACCUUUCGCGCAUCGCUAUCCCCACCAUGGCCAAACAGUUCCAAGAAGUCUAUCACUGCAAGAUGAGUGAGGACCUGGCCACGAUCGAGGAGGUGGCCAGUCAGCUGGACAAGAUCCUCUUCCAUGACUUCCUCAAGCGUCGCAGCGAGGCACUGAACGAUGUCUUCCGGACGGGCAUCUUACACGGCGGGAUAGACUGGGCUCGCCUGCCUCGCCCCUCCGAGGUGCAUCCCUUCAUCUACGAGGCCCUCCUGGCGCUGGUACAGGUUCACGCGCAGGUGCAGUCCGUCGCAAAGGCCCUGGUGAGCCGCACGAUCAGCAGCCUGCUGGAGGGUUUGACCGAGGUGAUUCUGCAGUCCUUCAAGGAGGUGCCCCGCUUUGGGAUGGGGGGCAUGUUGCAGGCCACAUUGGAGAUCGAGUUUGUUCAUCAAACCUUGAGCGCCUUUGUCUCUUCGAAGGCCGAGGAGAAUUUGAAGGCGACGUACGACGUAAUUUCGACGAAGUACCAGCAAGGGCGAGGAGGAAAGGAGGAUGGGGCAGAGCUGCAGCGCGAGUUGGAGGGGGUGAAGAAGACGUUGCUCGCGAGCAGAAAGAUGACGGCGUUGGAGUUCUUGUGUUUCAGGAAGGGCAGUGGGAGCAGUAGUAGCAGCAGUGGAUCGAAACAUAGGAAGGAUUCGGGGAGUAAGUCGGGAGAAGCCAGGCCGGCUUCGUCUGCAAGUGCCACGACGUCGUCGUCGUCACGGCGCUAAGGAGAUGAUGGCGCUGAGGCCAAUGGACGUUCUUUUUCAUUGUACAAUAACACAAUACCAACCCAAGUCCUGCACAGUGAGCUGAAGACUCAAAAGCCAAAGUCGAGUUC